CAGUUCCCGCGCCGCUGCCCAAGGAAGAGCAGGUGCACGUGCGCGCUCGCGCGAAUAGCGUGUCUUCCAUUUUGAAAUAUUUAUUAAAUGUUGAUUUUGUUUUAAUUCACAAUUAGAAAAAAUAUAAUUAAUGCUAUACUCAACAGCUAAAAUUAAAUCUUACCUAUUCCAGUGGUCAAUCUAAACACAUACCUGAGAGCGCGUGGCAUCAUGCGCGUGUCAUGACUGAGCCGCGGUUUUUUAAACUGAGGUAAAUUUCGUUUAGCCUACAAUUGAAAACUCUCAUAUUAUGCUAAAAAAAAUCAUAAUAACCACAUAAAAUUAACAUUUGUAAUUAUAUUUUAGCCAGAUAGGAAUGUGGCAGUUCUGUAAUAUCGGCUGAUUUAAUCAUUUAACCAUGAUUAAACUGAGCCGACCAUGGGCCGAAACGGCCCCAUCUGGACCUGCUCACGGUCUGCAGAUCCGGCGCGGCCCGCGGAGAACGAGGCCGACCCCAGCGGGUCGGAACCAGGCAGACUUCUCUCAGCAGCCUCGCAGGAAGCCGCCCGGCCCUACCCUGCUGAUCCAGAGGCAGGAGAUGGCCGCCUUCUUCAGGCUGUUCGAUGAUGAUCUAAUACAGGACUUUCUGUGGAUGGACUGCUGCUGCAAACUUACGGACAAGUAUUUGUUGGCUAUGACAUUCGUGUACUUCAGGAGGGCUCGCUUCAGUAUCACUGAACACAACAGAAUGAACUUCUUUCUUGCCCUCUAUCUGGCGAACACAAUGGAAGAGGAUGAGGAGGAGACAAAAUAUGAGAUCUUCCCCUGGGCUCUGGGAAAAAGUUGGAGGAAACAUUUCCCACGAUUCCUAAAGCAAAGAGACCAGCUGUGGGCACGCAUAGAGUACCGAGCUGCUGUCAGCAGACGAUGCUGCGAGGAGGUGAUGGCUAUUGUGCCAUCUCAUUUCGUCUGGCAGCGUGAGCGUGCAGAGCAUCACAGUGGUGCUCAGAGGCUGUACAAAAACUCUGGGAUCCUCAUUCCCAGAGGGCCUUCUGCUUCUCCAGAGCCUUGUUCUCUCUGUCCCAAAACCUCUGCUGUUCCUGUGCCUCGCCCAUCCUCUACUGUACCCCUGGAGACCAAAGCUUCACACAGGCCCAGUAAGAUGACCAAAGCUGAGCACACCAUUAACUGCAUGACUACAGCAGGAAGUGAUGGGGUCAGUGAAAUGUGUCAAGAUCAUUCGAUGGACUGGAUCAAUGAGGAAUAGCUCGAUUGCAUAACAUAAAACAGAUCAUAUUUGCCUGUUGACUAUAUCAGAGGCACUCUCAGGGGCAGAACAGAAUUUCAGUCUCUUAACGGACCUCAUAAGAAAUGUACAGCAUUGGUGUGAAAAGAGUAAUAGUCAUGUACAUUGUUCAUAUAAGAUCUAAAGAAUAUGUCAGACAAUCCUCUCACUAUGUGAAGGUUUGUACAUGUAUUUUACUGUAUCAUAAUCCUCAUCCCUAUUUAUUUCAUAUUGUUGUACAAAGUACUUCGCUAUUUCUGUAGUGUGCACUUACUGUCAGAAAGUCUGUGUCUUAAUGAAACAAGUAAAACAUUUGGCUGAUAUAAAUAUCAAUGUGAAUAAACAACUAUGAAAUUUA